CCGAGGGUUCUCCGGGCACAGAGGGGCUCGCGAGCUGCCUCUCUCUUCGCGCGCGGGACACAGCGCCAAGUUCACGACCAAAGCCCAGGCACAGCAGACAAUGGGGAUCAAAGUGAGUACAACACGUUCUCCUGGUGAGACCAGAAUGACUACAACAGCAGCUCCUGGUUGCCGCCAAGGCUUGGACCCCAGAUACCACAGACUUUGUGAUACUGCUGAACCCUGGGGCAUCAUCCUAGAAGCACUGGCUGCAGCCGGGGCUGUGGCCUCGGUGGUGUUCAUGCUCGCUCUCCUGGCCUUCAUCUGCAGGGUUCAGGACUCCAGCAGGCGGAAAAUGCUCCCCACCCAGUUCUUCUUCCUCCUGGGGGUGUUGGGGGUCUUCGGCAUGACCUUUGCCUUCCUCAUCAGACUGGAUGGGAAGAUGGGGCUCACUCGCUUCCUCCUCUUUGGGGUCUUCUUUUCCAUCUGCUUCUCUUGCCUCCUGGCUCAUGCUGUCAACUUGACGAAGCUCGUCCAUGGGGGGAAGCCCCUGUCCUGCCUGGUGACUCUGGGCCUGGCUGUGGGCUUCAGCCUGGUACAGGAUGUGAUCGCUGUUGAAUAUGUCAUCCUGACCAUGAACAGGACCGACGUCAAUGUCUUUUCUGAGCUUUCUGCACCUCGUCGCAAUGAAGACUUUGUCAUGCUGCUCAUCUACGUCCUCUUCCUGAUGGCGCUGACCUUCCUCAUGUCCUCCUUCACCUUCUGUGGAUCCUUCACCGGCUGGAAGAGACACGGGGCCCACAUCUUCUUCACCACGCUCCUCUCUGCUGCCAUCUGGGUGACAUGGAUCACUCUGCUCUUGCUGCCUGCCUUUCACCACCAGUGGGAUGACACCAUCCUCAGCUCUGCCUUGGUGGCCAAUGGCUGGGUUUUCCUGUGGAUUUAUGUCAUCCCCGAGUUUCAGCUGCUUACAAAGCAACAGAAUCCCAUGGAUUACCCAGUUGAGGAUGCUUUAUGUAAACCUCAGCUCAUGAAGAAGAGCUAUGGUGUAGAGAACAGAGCCUACUCCCAAGAGGACAUCACUGAAGGUCAUCAAGAGAUGGAGGAUACGCUCUAUGCACCUUAUUCCACCCACUUCCAGCUGCAGAAUCGGGUUCCCCAGAAGGAUUUCUCCAUCCCACGGGCCCAGGCUCGGACUAGCCCUUAUAAUAACUAUGAAGGAAGGAAAGAGGACAGUUAGCUCUGUUCCAGAGAGCGGGACAAGCACAGCCAGGCAGAAGACCCAGCUGGGAGCUCAAAGGGACGUGGGCCAAGUCUUAAGUCUUCUAAGAAAACUGUACAAAAUGCUCUGGGAACAGCUGCCUCCUCCCUAGCCUCAACCACUGUCUCUGCACACCUGGACAGAUGAGGGCUGACAGCACCUGGCUUCUUAGCAGCAUCGUAGUAUUGGUCCUUUGUCUCAUACUUAGGACACAUCUGUUACGUGAGAGUCUCAGGCACCUCAGGGGUAAACUCACCAUUUUACAUGGGACUAAAGGUGAUCUGACCACACACCAGCUUGCCCAGCGUUAGGGGCCAGCUCAUCUAACCUGAGCAGGGUUUUGUUUGGAUUGGUUGUUCUAGAGCAGAACUGCAAAUCUGAGCAAAAUCAAAAGGCUGGUCUCUCAGCCCGCCCGCCUAUCUACACUGGAAACCAACUUCCUGGCACCAUCCCUUCCUGCCCACCCUCUUCCCGUUCUCCCUAGCCCCCUUCUUGCCAGGGUGGGAGAGGCUAAAGGUCAACCUAAAUCUACUCAUCUCCAUGGCCCUGAGUAAUCACUGUAAGGGCCCUGCAGCUUCCCAGCACCAGUUCACAGGUCACCCCUCUCUUCGCCCACCAUCUGCAAACUUGAUCUUCUCCGUAUGCUCCACCAGUUCUUCCUCCAGACCUCACCAGCAUGGACAGGCCCACCUGCUCCUGGCCAGGAGAAUUAGUGUGCCGCUGUGGCUCUAAAUCCCCAGCACUGAAUCUUCUCCCGUCUCCUUGAUCCUCAGCCUCUGUAAAUAGAUUUACUCUGCAUUUAUCUCCUGCAUUCUAGAAGCAGGCACUGUCUACCGACGGAGGAGCAUUCCUCAUAUAAUCAGUUACUCACCUGGGUAUGCAAUAAAGAUGUGGUGGCAACUCUUUCA